CGGGAACUACAUCUCCCAGAAUGCAAUGUGAUGUUGCGUCACAACACCUGCCUGACGCCAGCAGCAGGAGUUCCGCGUGUUCGGGUGUGUGGUUGAUAUCCUGCGUGGAUGUGGAAUAUGAUGGAAAGCCGAGGAGUUUCAUCGAUUAUAUUUGAUUUGGAUAACACGCUGGUCGAUACAGCCGGCGCAGGACGAAUUGCCAUUCAGAAGGUGUGUGAGCUGCUGAAGUCAAUGCAUGUGCAGGAAUGUCACAUCAAAGACAUCUGUGAUCGCUUUUUACGAAAGCUUCUCCACGAAUCGUUCGACCCAUCAGAAGGAAAAACAAUAGAUGAUGUGAGGAUCCAUCACUGGUAUGAAGCCCUACAGGAGAUGCAGGGCACCGAUCCUGAUCCGGCUCUGGCCAACAGUUGCUACCACACAUGGAAGAACACACGAUUACAGGCGCUGACACUUUCUCCUGAGGUUCGAUCUCUCCUGGAGGAACUGAAGAAGAAGUACAAACUGCUUCUGAUCACCAACGGCGAUACUCAGACGCAGUGGGAGAAGAUCGAAGCGGUGAGAUGUGAGGGUCUCUUUAGUUUGGUGGUAGUCGGAGGAGAUCAUCCUGAGCAGAAACCGGCGUGCUCCAUCUUUACUCACUGCUUCGAGUCUGCAGGAGUCCGGCCGCAGGACUGCAUCAUGGUGGGAGAUUCUCUCAGCACAGACAUCCAGGGAGGCAUUAAUGCAGGAGUGCGGGCCACCGUGUGGAUAAACAGUGACUGUAAAUUUCUCCCGCAGGGCUCUGUGACUCCAGACUACACUGUUCCUAGUGUAAUGAAUCUGAAUGAUGUUCUACUUGAACUGAGUUGAUGUUUACAUAAAAGUUUUUUUUUUUUUUUAAAUGUGAUGAAGACUUAUAUUAGCGGCUUAGAAAAAAGUUUUAAUCUAUAAUAAAAAAAAAAAAGAAAAAAGGUUGGUCUUCUCUUACAGUGGCCACCAUUUUGAGGUCACAUGACACUAAAUGACAAUCUGAACAUUCGACUUGGAGUGGUUCAUGUCCUACUAAUUAUUCUUUCUAUGGCAACAAUAUUAACCUCAAAAUGAAUCUGUGUAGACAAAACCACAAUACAUCAAGUAACAGUGAUUAUGCAAAUGCAUUUUUAAUACAGUUUUGUUUAGUUUAUUGAACAGGACAUUUAACAUUAGUUAUCCAGCUCUGUUCUAGCAACAUUAAACUGUAUUGUAUGUCUUUUAUGUUCAGAUUAUAAUUGCAUUAAGGUGUUAAAAGUACCAAAUUAUUGGAAUUGUUAAAGAGAAAUAUUAAUAUUUGCCAAUACUUCAAGAAUAAAUUAAUCAUGGGUGAUGUAUUUCUUUGGGUAUUACAUGAUUGCUAACCAAAAAAAAAAAAAGCAUCUAUAAGCUUGCGAAAGCUUUAUUGAAUUUCUUUAUCUUAAAAGGCUGGUCUAAAAAAAGAAUUAAAAUUGUCAUUUAUUCA